CCCGCGCCUUCCUUUUCCGGUGGCGGCGCCGCGCGGUGAGGAGCUCGCGUCUGGACCCGCAGCCAUGCCGUCCAAGGGCCCCCUGCAGUCCGUGCAGGUCUUCGGACGCAAGAAGACGGCCACCGCCGUGGCGCACUGCAAACGGGGCAACGGCCUCAUCAAGGUGAACGGGCGGCCCUUGGAGAUGAUCGAGCCGCGCACGCUGCAGUACAAGCUGCUGGAGCCCGUUCUGCUUCUGGGCAAGGAGCGAUUUGCUGGAGUGGAUAUCCGUGUCCGUGUGAAGGGUGGUGGUCAUGUGGCCCAGAUUUACGCCAUCCGCCAGUCUAUCUCCAAAGCUCUGGUGGCCUAUUACCAGAAAUAUGUAGAUGAGGCCUCUAAGAAGGAGAUCAAAGAUAUCCUCAUCCAGUAUGACCGGACCCUGCUGGUGGCUGAUCCCCGUCGCUGUGAAUCUAAGAAGUUCGGAGGCCCUGGAGCCCGUGCUCGCUACCAGAAAUCCUACCGAUAAACCCAUUGUGAGGCUUGGGGUUCAUCUUUAUAAUAAACAAUGGUUGUUGGAUUUUAAGGUUUCAA